UCUUACGCUUGACUGUCAAAUACUCGAGCGCUUGAUCGUUGUUUGAUUGUGCAGUACAUUGGUCGCGAAAAGUAGAAUGUUAUAAAACCGCUCAAUAGCAAUAGAGCUCUUCAGUGCCGUUGCUUUGGCAAUGUUAGCGCUGGUGGUGGUGCGAAUGAUUUUAGCGUGUGGGUUUUAACGGGGUAUUCUGAAAUAUAGAGACUCGAUGGAGACAUGAUCAAACAUAAGAGCGGAACACGUAACUUGCCUUGGAUCCUUUGGCUGACUAUUUUCACCACUGAUUGGCACAUUGUCAUUGGUCAGCAAUGUGCCUCCAAUCCUUGCUACUCUAAUGGAACUUGUACCGAUAUUGGUAUUAAUAACUACACUUGUAGCUGUCCAUCUGGUUUCACAGGGAAAAGAUGUGAAGCUGUGAUCAACAUGUGUCAUUUUAACCUGUGCCAAAAUAAUGCUGUGUGUCAGAGAUUUCAGACAGGGGGGUAUCAGUGUAUUUGUCAUGCUGGAUUUACAGGAUUACAUUGUGAGACAAACAUUGAUGAAUGUAACCAGACAAAUCUUGCUUGUCAUAAUGGUGGAACAUGCGUUGAUGGGGUGAAUGGCUACACAUGUCAGUGCCCAGCACGUUUCUCUGGACCUUUCUGCAAUGUGACUGUUACAAAGUGUGAUGGAAGUCCUUGUCAAAAUGGUGGAACUUGUAGGGAAAAUCUUUCAGGUUAUAACUGCACUUGUACCGUGGGCUUUACUGGUCCUAAUUGUGAAGAGAAUAUUGAUGACUGUCUUCCAAACAGAUGUCCAUCAUUUCAACAGUGUGUGGAUGGAGUGAACAAUUAUCAGUGCAUUUGUCCUGUUGGCAAAACUGGUCAAACCUGUAAUGUUGACAUUGAUUAUUGUUUUGGGCAGCCAUGUCUAAAUGGAGCAACUUGUAACACCUUUCAAGGUGAGUUCAACUGCACCUGUGCUCCAGGCUUUGAAGGGCACCGCUGUGAAAAUAACACAGAUGAGUGUGCAUCUUAUCCUUGUUUUAAUGGUGGCACAUGUACAGAUAAAAUAUAUGGUUUUACUUGCAACUGCCCAGCUGGUUUCAUUGGGAGACAGUGUGAAGCAAACAUUAUUGAAUGUCUGUCCAACCCAUGCCAAAAUGGUGGUACUUGUGUAGAGAGUGUUGGACUUGCAGGUUAUUCCUGCACUUGUCAAGCAGGAUUUCAAGGACUCCAUUGUGAAUUUAGUAGUUCAUCUUGUCAGCUCAACCCAUGUCAAAACAAUGGCACGUGUACGCUUCAUGGUAACAAGUUGAAUUGCACGUGUUCAGUCGGUUGGACUGGUCCUUACUGCGGCCUUGAUGUCGACGAGUGCCGUACGUCACCUUGUGGAAAUCUCGGCACAUGCCACAACAUGCCCGGAGGUUAUAACUGCACGUGUUUAGCGGGCUUCACGGGCGCAAAUUGUGACAAGCACGUGGACGAGUGUCUUGAUGAGCCUUGCCAGAAUCAAGGCACGUGCGAGGAUUUUGUGAAUGGCUACCAAUGCACGUGUACCGCAAGCUUUUCUGGUAAAAACUGCGAGAUUCCUGUGAAUAACUGUUCUGCGCAGCCAUGUAAAAACGGAGGGAUUUGCAGACUAGGAGGAAGUGGCUUUUCUUGUGACUGUAAACCGGGUUAUACCGGUUUUACCUGUGAAGUCGAUAUCAAUGAAUGCGCCUCUAAUCCGUGUAAAAAUGGCGGCACAUGUGUUAACAAUGUCGAUCGCUAUGAGUGUCAAUGUGUUGAUGGUUAUCGAGGGAAGUCAUGUGAAGUUCUCUUUACGGUGAGCUUCCAGCAAGGCUCGUAUCUUCCUGUUUUGGGAUUUACAUUGUUCCCGUCGGAUCUUUUGUCAUUUAGAUUCCGAACUACGCUGCCAUCUGGACUUUUGUUCUAUCAAGGGGCGGAUCUCACAAAAGAACAUCCGGAUCACGUAAUUGUAGAGCUAACAAACGGCUCUAUUCUCCUGUCACUCAAUACUGGCCUAGACACUGCAACGACCAAGGUAGGCAGGGGACUCAACGAUGGAACCUGGCACCAAAUCACUCUGAAGAUAACUGGUCCCCAGGCCAGUAUAUCUAUUGACGAGGACACGUGCAAUGCAGACUGUUUAUCAGCGUCUGUUUUAACCACCUCCGAUGCUAGCUCGCAGUACGCUGGUCUUCCCCAUUUCGGAGGAGUAAGACAGCUGGUGCCACAAAUAAGACAACAACUCACGACUGAUGGUUCAUUUGUGGGAUGCAUCAAGGACUUUUUAUAUAACAAUAUCGAAGUGAGUCUACAGAAUGUGUUGGCACAAGCGCACCUAGUCUCCACCGGUUGUCAGCGAAGGGACGUAUGUAGCAAUCAUGGAUGCAAACAUGGUGGCGCAUGUGUAGAUGAGUGGGUGAGGUACCGCUGUGAGUGUCUUCAAGGUUUCGUGGGCUCGUUUUGCGAGCAUCAAGUCACAGCCACUUUUGACAGUGAUGACAAUUCUGGUUUAAAAUUCAUUUCAGCUGCUGCAAUCACUUCGUUUUCUUUGGAGUUUUCAAUUGAUCCUACUCUUCCAAGUGGAGUGCUCGCUUACACUGGGUCAGGGCAAGGAGAUUUUGGUGUAGCCUUGAACAAUGGACGUUUACGUGUAGCAUACGUGAAGUCUCACUUCGAAAAAAACUACCUUGACGUCGGUCGCAAUCUCUCUGACGGAAAAUGGCAUAGCUUGUAUAUCAACGUCACUUCCGGUAGUGUUGCGAUUGACGUGAACACAUAUCACGCAGUUCUUGCCCCGCCUCGAGUUUCUCAGCCAAUUGCAGAUCUUGAGAACACUCUAUACAUGGGAGGUCUUUUGAGCAGGUUUAGCGAUUUACUCCUUUCUCUAAAUAACAAGCAGUCGACGUUUAGUGGUUGUUCAAGAAACGUAAUUUUAAAUGGAAAUUUGACAACGUUUGAAACCGCGCAGACGAACGGUGGGUAUUCGCUGCCAAAGUCGAGCUGUAAGAAGGACGAGAACUGCGCACUAGAAUCCUGUACAAACGGAGGUGCGUGUGAUGCUAGCUGGACUGGGUUUCAGUGUCACUGUUUGGAAGAUUUUGUCGGGAGUCAGUGUCAAAAUGUUUCCGAGACUUCAUUCUUAUCGAAUAACAGCCGAGUGGAACUAACAUUGAACUCGUCUGAGUGGAGUUUUGGUCAGAGUGGGUCGAUGUGGUUCAGGACUCGUGAAAUGGACGGGUUACUAAUGUAUGCCGGGCGGAGACCUGGGGGAGGCAAUACAGAAUUCCUGCUUCUUGCAGUCACUUCCGGUCAGGCUAGAUUUACCGCUGACCUUGGCUCAGGAUCAAUUUCGCUUUCGAUCAACAAAGUUGUGUCUGACGGUGACUGGCAUUACGUGACCUGGACCAGAAGAUAUAAGCGCAUAACACUGGACUUAGAUGGCAUGAUGACAGCACGGGGAGACCUUCCCGGAGCAGACGGACAGUUUGAUGCUGCUCAGGAUCCUGUGGUGUCUGUGGAUAUUGGGGGAGUCCCGCCUGGUGUACCACAGCCUAAAGGUCUGACAGCACUCAAGAAUUUCAAGGGAUGCAUAAAGGACAUCAUGUUCAACUCUCGACGUGUCCAUUAUCUUUCGUCUCACUCUCAGAGAGGCCUGGGCGUUAGUAGGAAGCAAGUAACAGUAGGUUGCCAAGGAAACUCCUCCUGCUCACCUGAUCCCUGCCCAGCUCACAGUGUUUGUAUUCCAUCUUGGGAUGGCAUCAAUUGCACGUGUGAUCCUGGUUGGAUAGGUGAUAAAUGUGAUAUUCGCAUACCGGACUGCUCGGCUAAUAACUGCACAAAUGGUGCAACGUGUGUUAAUGUCACACGUGGGUUUGAAUGUGUGUGCGCACAGGGAUAUACUGGUCUUUAUUGCGAAACUCAGAUUUCUCACUGCCAGUCCGACCCGUGUCAUAAUAAUGCAACCUGCCAUGAAAUAAUGGGAGGUUACAGAUGUGAUUGCACUGUAGGAUUCACUGGAAAGGACUGUGAAAGUGAUAUCAAUGAAUGUAACAGUACACCAUGUAGAAACAAUGGAUCAUGUACAGAUCUACAAGGCAAUUAUUCCUGUCAGUGUUCUAUGGGUUUUUCUGGAAGAGAUUGUGAGUUGAACAUAGAUGAUUGCUCGCCUAAUUCUUGCGCGAACCAGGGAACAUGUAUUGAUUUAAUAGCCAACUAUAGUUGUCAGUGCUCCGUGGGCUAUACAGGUAGAAAUUGCGACAUUGAUAUUGAUGAGUGUUCCCCAAAUCCGUGCAGGCAUGGCGCGACGUGCCUUGACUCAGUGGGUAACUACAGUUGUAGCUGUGUAUCAGGUUUCACCGGCAGAAAGUGUGAAGUAGAUUUCGACGAAUGUUUUUCAAGUCCGUGCUUGAACAACGCUACGUGUGUGGACCUAGUUGGCAACUACAGUUGUCAAUGUUCAAUUGGCUAUGCAGGAAAGAACUGUGAUGUUGACAUCGACGAAUGUUCUCCACACCCUUGCCUACACAAUGCGACGUGUACCAACCGUGUUGGCAAUUAUAGUUGUAGUUGUCCCUUGGGUUACACUGGAAGGAAUUGUGAAACCGAUAUCGACCAUUGCUCUCCCAAUCCUUGCUCGAAUCAGGGCACUUGCACUGAUGGCGUUGGAAACUACAGUUGCCUUUGUUCCCCGGGUUUCUCCGGCAAGAAUUGUACAGUCGAUAUCGACGAAUGCGCCCUUUACCCUUGUCAAAAUAAUGCGACAUGCAUUGAUCAAAUUGCUGCUUACAGCUGCAACUGUCCCAUGGGUUUUUCUGGUAGCAACUGUGAAACAAACGUCGAUGAGUGUUCUCCGAAACCUUGUUUAAAUCAAGGAACCUGCCUAGAUCUGAUUGGUACUUACAGCUGUACCUGUUUACGGGGAUUUACAGGAAGAAAUUGUAGCUUAGACAUCGACGAGUGCUCGUCAAAUCCGUGCCUUAACAAUGCUACUUGCAACGAUUUAGUAGGUAGGCACAGUUGCCAGUGUCCCGUCGGAUUUACGGGAAGCGAUUGUGGCUCUGACAUCAACGAAUGUGCCCUAAAUCCAUGUUUUAAUCAAGGAACGUGUUACGAUCUAAUAGGAAACCACAGCUGUGUAUGUCUACGUGGAUUUACCGGACGAAAUUGCGAAAUAAACAUCGAUGACUGUGCACUAGGCCCUUGCCAGAACAAUGCAACCUGCAUCGAUCUCGUCGCCAAUUACAGUUGUCGGUGUCCAUUAGGCUUCACUGGGAGAAAUUGCGAGACAAAUAUUGACGAGUGCGCUUCUGUUCCUUGCUCGAAUAAUGCUACAUGUACUGAUGUGCAGGGUAAUUACAGUUGUGACUGCUUGGAAGGUUACACGGGUAGAAAUUGUGAGGUGGACAUCAAUGAAUGUUCUUCAAAUCCUUGCAGACGCCACGGCACAUGUUUAGAUCUUAUUGGUAAUUACACUUGUAGCUGUGUUUCUGGUUUCAGCGGGAGAAACUGCGAGGUCGAUAUAAAUGAAUGCUCUUCAAACCCUUGUGCUCAUAGUGGUACAUGUUUAGAUCUUAUUGGUAAUUACACUUGUAGCUGUGUUUCUGGUUUCAGCGGGAGAAACUGCGAGGUCGAUAUAAAUGAAUGCUCUUCAAACCCUUGUGCUCAUAGUUGUACAUGUUUAGAUCUUAUUGGUAAUUACACUUGUAGCUGUGUUUCUGGUUUCAGCGGGAGAAACUGCGAGGUCGAUAUAAAUGAAUGCUCUUCAAACCCUUGUGCUCAUAGUAGUACAUGUUUAGAUCUGAUUGGGAAUUACAGCUGUAAUUGUAUAUCUGGUUAUACUGGCAGGGACUGCGAAGUCGAUAUAAAUGAGUGCUCUUCCAAUCCGUGUGGAAAUCACGGUACAUGUUCUGAUCUUGUUGGAAAUUACACCUGUAACUGUGUUGCGGGUUACAGUGGCAGAAAUUGCGACGUGGACAUCGAUGAAUGCUCUGCGAACCAGUGCUUGAACAAUGCGACAUGUGUAGACUUGUUAGGAAACUACAGUUGCAGAUGUUCAUUGGGUUUCAUAGGCAGAAACUGCGAAGUGGAGAUCGACGAAUGUGCGUCGAGCCCGUGUGAAAACCAAGGAACUUGUACUGAUCUAAUAGGAAAGUACAAGUGUAACUGCGUCAGUGGUUUUACUGGUACCAACUGUGAUAAUAACAUCGACGAUUGCUCUCCCGAUCCUUGUCAAAAUGGUGCAACAUGUUCAGAUCACAUUGGUAACUACAGCUGUAAAUGUCCAGCGGGAUUUACUGGAAGGAACUGUGCGAUAAAUAUUGAUGAAUGUGCUUCUGAUCCUUGCAAGAAUAAUGCAACGUGUUCCGACCUUGUAGAUGGUCACAGUUGUCAGUGCGUUGUGGGUUUCACAGGGAAGAAUUGUGAAGUCAACAUCAAUGAGUGCUCUUCAAACCCAUGUCAACAUGGCGGGACCUGUUCGGACUUGAUCGCAAGGUAUAAUUGUGCUUGUGUAUCGGGAUACACUGGAAGAAAUUGCGAGACGAAUAUUGACGAGUGCGCGUCAAAUCCGUGUAAACACGGUGCCACGUGCAUGGAUGCUGUAGCCAAUUACACGUGUGGCUGCGCGCGUGGUUACUCGGGAAGAAACUGCGAGGUAGAUAUCAAUGAAUGUGCAUCGCAGCCUUGCCAGAAUGGAGCGACUUGCACUGAUCUUGUUGGAGAUUUCUCUUGCAGCUGUGUGCCCGGUUACAGUGGUAAAAACUGCCGAGGUAAUAUAGACGAGUGUAGUUCUAGUCCUUGUGUGAACGGUGCUACUUGCGUAGAUUUAAUCAAUGAAUACAACUGUAGCUGUGUUCCUGGAUUUACUGGAAUGCGAUGUGAAGUCAAUGUUGAUGAUUGUUCUCCUCCCCCUUGUCAGAAUGGCGGAAUUUGUUCUGAUGGAGUCAACAGCUUUCACUGUGACUGCGCAGGCACUGGGUUCAAUGGUUCACGAUGUCAGGAAGACGUAGACGAGUGCACCUUGUCUCCGUGUAUUCACGGUGAAUGUAACAAUACCGUGGGCUCGUAUUGGUGCGAUUGCUCGGGGUAUGGAUACCAGGGAACGUAUUGUGAGAAUGAUGUAAAUGAAUGCGUGGCAUUCUCACCAUGUUUAAACGGUGGGAAGUGUCGAAACAACGACGGUUCUUACCUAUGCACGUGCAAGGCGGGUUACAGCGGCAAAACCUGCGACGUGAACAUCGAUGAAUGCGCUAGUGACCCGUGCAUCCAUAAUGGACAAUGUGUCGAUCUUGUAAAUGGCUUCUACUGCAGCUGUAGUGGAACAGGUUUCCGAGGAUUUCGUUGUGACGUCAACGUAGACGAAUGCGAAACUGGUGAACACGAGUGUCAAAAUGCCGCACAAUGUGUGGAUACUUAUGGUAAUUACACCUGCGCAUGCGCGUCUGGUUUUACGGGCGUUUUGUGCGAGAGCGAACUACAGAUCAUAAUAGAACCUACGCCAGCUGCUCGCCAGCAAGACAGGCAAAUGGAGCUGGGUUUGUCCAUAGGGUUCGUGCUUCUUGUGGUUUUAAUAGUCGCUGUUUUGUUGUUCUUGUAUCGUAAGAAGCAGAUGAGUAAAAUGAGCGGCAGGUAUUACCCAUCUGAUGAAGAGUACAAAGGCGGAGCGUAUCCCAUGGGACCAAUUGAGAAAGAUGAACGACUUAUCUGAGGGACUUAUCUAAGGGAUAUAUCGCCUGGGGGGUGGGGGUCAGAGGAUUUUGGUUGUGUCACAAUAACAUUUACUUCCUCAUUGGCAACCUAUUUUCCAUAGUCCCACCCCCACCCCUCCCCCUUCAAUACUCGGUUAGCGGCAGCUAAUCCCUCC